AUGGCCUACCUCGCCCGCACUCUCCCGAAAAGGCCACACCAACCCGCCCAGCACAAAACACCACCCGAACAAGCAAACCCAAACAACUCCCCCCACCGAACCUACCACUCAGCCCUCCACGCCAGGCUCCCAGACCACUCCUACACAAACUCCCAAACAGCAAUCCUAACCUCAGCGCUAGCCCACGUCCCCGCGCACGGAUUCACAGCCACGGCGCUGACCCUCGGCGCGCGGGACGCCGGCUUCCUCGACGUCUCAGUGCAGCUACUCCCGCGCGCAGAAUUCGACCUCAUCCUGUUCUGGCUUGCUAGUCGACGGGGUCUGCUGCGCGGUCAGGUCGAGGAGGGUGGGUUAUUCCGGCGCAUUGCGGCGGAGAAAGGGAAGGAUGUUCAUGAGCUUAGUGUUGAGGAGAAGGCUCUUGCGCAAAUGUCCCUUCUUGCUAAUAUCCCCCUCUCUCUUACGGAAUUGCACGCCCUCGCUUCGGAUAUCCUUACUCUUUCUGGUGACGACGCUGUUGAUGCGACUUGGUACACGCGCCGUCUUGCGGUGUCGGCUAUCUAUGCCAGUGCUGAUGUUGUUAUGACCCGUGACCCAACGCCGGAUCUUGUGGAGACGGAGGCGUUCGUGGAGCGUCGGUUUGAGGAUCGGAAGGCGAUUGCUGAUAAGCUUACUGGUAUUGGACAGUGUGCUGGGUUUGGGUGGAAUACUGCCAUUGGGCUGGGGCGAAGCUGGGGAUUGAAGAUUUGA